AUGACCGAAGCAGCCCCUUACCAAUCCGACGAGAAGCUCGGCGCCAACCUCCCUCGUGAGGCGCCCCCAGGCCAGGUCAACGAUCCGUCCUACAAGACCCGCGGAACCGAGGCCGUGCCCGUGGUAGACGACGACGCCCCCGUGGACGAUCCCAUGAAGCCCGGUCGGGCGGAUACGGAUAAGCAGCUUGAGCAGGAUGAGCGCGAGGCGAUUGAUAAGAGCAAUAUCCUGGGGGAGAGGACGCGCAAGGCUAAGCCGCCGGGUACGUAUGCGGAGCCGUCGGAUGAGCAGAUGAUGGGCAUGAAGAAGUGA